AUGAAAGACUCGCUAGAUAAUAUGUAUAAAGAGAAAGGUAUCGAAUUAGAUAUGGCUGUAUUUGGAAUUCAUGCAAUUGAAUUUGAAAUUCCAAAAAGUAAUAUUAGCCUUCGUUUGGUUGAAAAUGCGUUAUACGAAGUAGAAAAUUUGAAGAAUUUCGUAAAAGAAUAUAUUGCGAAGCUUCCAUCCUAUUUCACUAAUAAUGAAAACAAUAUAUAUACUCCAACCGAAAACGGUAGCGACUCCUCGCAAGCCUUAUUAGUAAAUCAGAAUUCGUGUUUAAUACGCCCAAUUGGGCUUUAA